AUGGACCCUGUCAUAAAAAUAAAUCCAGGGGCGUCGAAAUGGGACAUUCGUCAGAAGAUUUGGGACUACAUAGAGGAAAAAAAUUUGGCCAACUUUCCUAGGCCUGUUCACAACAGAAUCCCUAACUUCAAGGGUGCAAUUCAAGCAUGCAACAGGCUUGCGGUGCUGCAGGAGUUCAAGUCCAGCCAGACAGUCAAAGUAAACCCAGACAGACCGCAGCAGCAAGCGCGCUUUGUCACUCUGGAAGGUGCUUUUAUGGCCUGCACCAAAAUGACGGAGCUGCAGGUGUUCACCCAGUCCGCUGAGGUGAAGGUGGAUCCUGAUAAACCUCUGGAAGGUGCUCGACUAGCAGUGCUGCAGGCAAGGAAAACUCUCUUGGUUCCAACUCCUCGUCUUCGCACCGGUCUUUUCAACAAGAUCACUCCUCCCGAGGGCGCCAGCAAAGAAGAGCUGCGCAUAUGUGCCUCCGCUCAGGGUGUGAAAGAUUUCAGUGUGCCCGUUGGACUGGACGCAAAGGUGAAGGUAGACUUGGUGGUGGUGGGCUCUGUGGCAGUGUCUGAGAAAGGUUGUCGGAUUGGAAAAGGAGAAGGAUUUGCUGACAUGGAGUAUGCCAUGAUGGCUUCGAUGGGGGCUGUGAGUCCCUCCACUGUGGUAGUUACCAUCGUCCAUGACUGUCAGGUGGUAGAUAUUCCUGAGGAGCUCAUGGGAAGUCAUGACCUGACUGUGGACUACAUCCUCACACCCACCAGAGUUAUUGAAACUAACUGUCAGCUACCCAAACCACAGGGAAUCAUCUGGUCUAAGCUGGACUCAGAAAAGCUGGAGAGGAUCCCCAUCCUAACCAAGCUGCGAGCUCUGGAGGAAGAGGCCGGGAAGGACGUCACGCUCGGGGCGCCGCCACCGGCGGCCGAGUCUGGUCCGCAGACCGACCGGCCAAAAAAGCAAGUCAGACGCAGACCGAGGCGGAACACACAGACGGAUGUCGAGGGAGAAUAUAGCAAGGAAUCCACGCAGGAAGAGAGAGCGGAGGCAGAGCAGAGAGCCAGACAGCGGCCAGCUAGGAUGAGGAAAGACAGCAGGGGAGAUGGCAGGGCAGAUAAGGAGGGAGAGGCACGUAAGCCGCUGAAGGGGAGAAACAGGGAGGCUGGGAGGCAGCAGGGCGCAGAACCGGGCGGAGGCGAAACGGGGACUCAGCGCAAGCUCCCCCUGAACGUGACCACCGUUUAUCUGGGAGGGAUCCCGGCCGGCCUGCGGGUCAGCGAGCUGAAGAGCGCCCUCAGAGAGAAGGAGGCCACCCCCCUCCGGCUCACCUGGCAGGGCGCGCAGCACCGGGCCUUCCUGGACUACAGCGACCCUCAGGCCGCGGAGCAGGCCCUGGAGGCUCUGCAGGGCCUGUGUCUGAGUGGCCACAGCCUGCAGGCCGAGCUGGCCAAGAGCCAGCGUGGAGGCACAAGGUCUGGACAGUCCAUUAAGAGACAGAAUCCGUCCGCUGCCUUGAAGUCAAAAAUGGCACCAGCAGAUCCUCAGAGUGACACCAGUGGGAAGGCGGAGCAGUAA